AUGGGAAAAAGUACCAGAAAAAGCCAGGAAACAAGUCAUAUUAAUAUAUUUACCUGUUUUUCAUUCUAUGGAAGUGUCAUUGACGUGCCGGUGGAGGAUACUUGGCCUGGAGUGGAAUCACUUGGCAAUUAUGCUUCUGUUACUACAGACUAUCGUCAAAGUUUUCAUGCAAGGAGGAGACUGGGAUCAAAAGUCCCUUACCUUGAAGAUGAUGGAUUAGAACUUCUCAGGAGCAUGCUGUGUCUGAAUCCAGCAACAAUAAUUACGGCCAACCAAGCACUCCAUCAUCGCUACUUCAAUGAUCUUCAGAGUGCAUAAUGAAUUACUACUGGUCUUUCUUGCUACUUCCAAGUGAACUAGAUUAAUGUUUUUUUGUUUUGUGAAGGAAGAAUGUGGCACAUUAUUAGUUAAUC